CAGAGCUGGAGUCCCACCUAGGCGCGCCGUGCAUUGUGGGUUGGGAACGCGCUGAGCAGGUUCGGCACUCUUGGCGAUGCUGCGGCUGCCCGGCUAGGAACGGGCGCGGAGACGUUUGAAUUAGCUUUAGCAGAAGAGAAAUGGAGGAGCCGUAGAAUAUUAAGGAUGAAUUCAGGAAGGCCUGAGACCAUGGAAAACUUGCCUGCACUCUAUACUAUUUUUCAAGGAGAGGUUGCUAUGGUGACAGACUAUGGAGCCUUUAUCAAAAUCCCAGGCUGUCGGAAGCAAGGUCUGGUCCAUCGAACUCACAUGUCAUCCUGCCGAGUGGACAAGCCUUCUGAGAUAGUGGAUGUUGGAGAUAAAGUGUGGGUGAAGCUCAUUGGCCGAGAGAUGAAAAAUGAUAGAAUAAAAGUGUCCCUCUCCAUGAAAGUUGUCAACCAAGGAACUGGGAAAGACCUCGAUCCCAACAACGUUAUCAUUGAACAAGAAGAGAGGCGGAGACGCUCCUUCCAGGAUUACACCGGGCAGAAGAUCACCCUUGAGGCUGUCCUGAACACUACCUGCAAGAAGUGUGGCUGCAAAGGCCACUUCGCAAAAGACUGCUUCAUGCAGCCAGGUGGAACCAAGUAUUCUCUGAUCCCCGAGGAAGAAGAGGAAAAAGAAGAGGCAAAGGAAGAAGGAAUUGAGAAGCCUGAUCCCACAAAGAAUUCUUCCAGGAAAAGAAAGAAGGAAAAGAAGAAAAAGAAACACAGAGACAGGAAGUCAUCUGACUGUGACAGCUCUGACUCUGAGAGUGAUGUGGGCAAGAAGGCAAGGCAUGCAUCUAAAGACAGCAAGGCUACAAAGAAAAAGAAGAAGAAGAAGAAGCACAAGAAGCAUAAGGAAUGAGGGUGGACUGGGCCAUGGCUCCAGCAGCCCUGCUCCUGGAAAGACUCAGUAGUGAGAAUAUGGCCUCCCACCCCACUGACUUUGUCCCUGUGGUCUCAGAUGGCUUCUCGUGCAGCAAGCAGCUUGAGAAGCUAGAGGGAAGCUCCCAAAAUGUUUUUUCCUUAUUGCUUCUGAUCCCUUUGCAAGUGACCCCUGCAGCCAUUGCAUUCUUGUACACAAUUUUCUCAUUCAGCAGAAGGUUCUAGUACCGUCCCUGGCUGCCACUACCAGAGCUGGUUUCUUUGCAGGAGUCCAAGCUAGAGCCACAGGUGCUACUGUGGAGGUGAGCCUGGCUGUUAUGGGUGAGCGGCCCGUCUGCCUGCUAUUUGGGACCAGUUGUGGGUGGACUCUGCAGCCUCUGUUGGCAGCAGGAGGGAGAAGUGUUGUUCCCCAUCUCCAUUCCCUUAGCUUGGGCCUGUGCUCAAAGUGAAGGCUGUGUGCAGUGACUGCUAAACCAGUGCUCUGAAGCCAAGGUCAUUGCUCUGCUUUCUGUCCAUCACUGUGUGAGCGACUCUUCCAUUUCAGGUCUCUGCUUAAAUUCCUGGCAUAAAUGGAAAUGUGUUUGGUUUUAAACUUU